AUGGGCUCAUUAAAUAAUAUCCUAAGUAAACUCACUGAAGACUAUGGGACCACCGGGAUAACCAUCUUCACCAUCGCCGUCACUGUUAUGGUGAUGGCAAUAUGGAUGACUGCUCAGUGGUACCGCCUCAGUCACAUUCCGGGACCAUUCUUUGCCUCCCUCACCAAUAUCUGGGCCUUUCGCGCUUCCAUGAGUGGGCAUUACCACGUCAUUGUCCGGGAUCUUCAAGAAAAGUAUGGCGAAAUUGCCCGAAUCGCGCCCAAUGAUGUUCUGAUUGCGGAUCCCGAUACUCUCUGGAAAAUCAAUUCGGCGCGUUCCGUUUGGGGCCGUGGUGACUGGUACGGGAGUAUCAGAUUCAACCCUCAAGGUGACACGGUCUUUACCGAGACUGACACGGCAGCACAUGACAAGCGCAAGGCAAAGCUCAUUUCUGGGUUCUCGGGCAAGGGUCUCGUGAAUAUUGAGGGCAACAUCGAUAUCCAGCUCGGCAUUCUGGUGGAUGUGCUCAAGCGCAAGGUCAGUGGAGGCAAUGGAGCUAAUAUUCUGGAUCUGGGCCGCCUGCUCCAGCUUUUCCAAGUCGACCUUAUUGCUCUGGCUGGUACGGGACAGUCUUGGGGUAAUCUGAUCACAGAUACGGACCACUACGGCUAUCUCAAUAUUGGUGACGAUCUCUUGAAGUUCACCCAGUCAAGUGCUAUGAUACCAUCUGUUCGACACGUGCUAUUCUCUCCUCUAUUCCUGCGACUAUUCGGCCAAGAUACACGUACUGGAUGGCUUGGAGCCCUCAAAACUGCCGUGAAACGGCAUACAUCCGACAUCAAUGACGAAAAGCCACGAGAUACAAUGCUGGCCGAAUGGCUCAAACACGACCUGUCGCCCUUGCAAGCGGAGCUCGACCUCUCUAUCCAGUUACUCGCCGGAAUCGAGACUUCCAUCUACACCAUUAGAGGGACACUGCUGUACUUGAUGACCGCACCGCGGGUGUAUAAUAAGCUCAAGAGGGAGAUUGCUGAAGGGAUCCAAAAUGGCCGCAUCUCGACUCCGAUCAAGGGUGACGAGGCAAAGAAUUUACCAUAUUUGCAGGCAGUCAUCAGUGAAGGUCUCCGCAUAUCAACACCCGGAACCGCCGGCUUUCCCAAGAGGGUUCCCCCAGGAGGCGAGGUCAUUUGCGGCAAGAUGUUGCCGGCAGGAACUGAUGUCCACGUGAACUUUGCCGCACUCAUGACCAGCCGCGAGGUCUUUGGUGACGAUGCGGAUGUGUUCCGGCCCGAGCGCUUUCUCGAAGACGACGAAGAAACGAAUACGAGGCGCCGCAAGGUGGUGGAUCUCAACUUUGGUUUCGGUCGAUGGCUAUGCCUGGGUAAAGUCCUGGCACUUUUGGAGAUGAAUAAGAUUUUUGUCGAGGUGAGUUGA